AUGGGCAUCUUCAACGUGCAACGAGGUGCCGAUAGACACGCGGACGACCCCUCCGGCAGCGCGGCGGCAGCAGACCCUCCACCCGCCUAUGUCCCUUCGGCAAGCUCAUCCACCAUCAUCCCCUUUCCCACUCCAUAUCUAGCCACCCAUACGUCCCAUCCGGCAGCACGACCAGCUCGACCCAAGUCAAAGCAUGCGUCCAUCCUUCUCUCUCGGACGGACCGACUCCGGAUCAUCGGUUUUCCGAACGAUAUCAUCGCCUCGCUUGACGGCGUGAUCAAGCGUGCUUGGAAGCUGGGAGUGCAGGAGCAAAAGGCGCCAGAUCCGUUGUCAUGGGAGUGGAAGUUACACGGACGACCUUGGACCGGCCAAGGCAUCGAAGGGAUCGCUUCACGCCGGCUUAUCGCCCGCAUAUUUGGAGUACUGGAGACGAAAGGAUGGCAUCUCAGGCUCUCUGCCGACUUGUCCAAAUCCCCUAGCGACAAAGAUACGCUCAUCUUCCGCUCCGAUCGAUCACUUCAGCGCGCCAUCUUCUCGAUCAGCUUCAACGGGGAUAACAAGAUCCGCUUCAUCGAUGCUCCCGGCGAAAGAGUCACUCAGGCCGUCGAGCAGGCUAUCAAGGAUACAUGGCCACCAGGCAUCCAGGAGGCGCAACAUACAGAGCCAGGGGUGUAUCAGCUCAAGCUUCGCGGAAACCCUUGGUGGGCUAGUACGGCGGUGGAUAGUAGCAGGGUGAGGGUCAUGGCGUGCGCGAUACUGUCGGCGGUGGAGGAUGAGGGGUGUGAGAUGUUGAGAGGGCUGCAGAUGUCGGUGGGGGCAGGGGAUAAGGCGGAGAGGGAUCUCGAUACCUGGUUCUUCGCUUGCGAUGCCUAG